GCGCAGGGGGAGCAGCCGGCGGAGCAGCCAUGGAGGUGAUGAACAUGAUGGAGCAGCCGAUCAAGGUGACAGAGUGGCAGCAAACCUACACCUACGACUCGGGCAUCCACUCCGGCGUCAACACCCAGGUGCCCUCCGUCAGCAGCAAGUGCCUCGGGGACGAUGACGAGGUCUACGGGAAGCAGUACACCAUCAAGAAGACGACCACCACGAGCUACUGCCAGGGAGGGAGCCAGAGCCAAGCGCAAGCGGACAUGGAGGCUCAGCUGGCCAUGACCCGGGCCCAGCGUGUCCGGGCCGCCAUGUACCCCGAGACGGUGGAGGAUCGCUCCCUGCUCAUCACCACCCAGCUGGAGGGGCAGCAGACCAACGUGCAGCGCCUGGCAGAGCCCUCGCAGAUGCUGAAAUCGGCCAUCGUGCACCUCAUCAACUACCAGGACGAUGCCGAGCUGGCCACCCGCGCCAUCCCGGAGCUCACCAAGCUGCUCAAUGAUGAGGACCCGGUGGUUGUCAGCAAAGCGGCCAUGAUCGUCAACCAGCUCUCCAAGAAGGAGGCGUCGCGCCGCGCCCUGAUGCAGUCGCCCCAGAUCGUGGCAGCCGUGGUCCGCACCAUGCAGAGCACCAGCGACCUGGACACGGCCCGCUGCACCACCAGCAUCCUGCACAACCUCUCGCACCACCGCGAGGGCCUGCUCUCCAUCUUCAAGUCCGGCGGCAUCCCCGCCCUCGUCAGGAUGCUGAGCUCGCCGGUCGAGUCGGUCCUCUUCUACGCCAUCACCACCCUGCACAACCUGCUGCUCUACCAGGAAGGGGCCAAGAUGGCUGUGCGCCUGGCCGACGGCCUGCAGAAGAUGGUUCCCCUGCUGAACAAGAACAACCCCAAGUUCCUGGCUAUCACCACUGACUGCCUUCAGCUCCUCGCCUACGGGAACCAGGAGAGCAAGCUGAUUAUUUUGGCCAACGGAGGACCUCAGGCCCUGGUGCAGAUCAUGCGCAGCUACAACUAUGAGAAGCUGCUCUGGACCACGAGCCGGGUGCUCAAGGUGCUGUCGGUGUGUCCCAGCAACAAGCCUGCUAUCGUUGAGGCUGGCGGCAUGCAGGCGUUGGGCAAGCACCUGACCAGCUCCAGCCCCAGGCUGGUCCAGAACUGCCUCUGGACCCUGCGAAACCUCUCUGACGUGGCUACCAAACAGGAGGGCCUGGACGGCGUCCUCAAGAUCCUGGUGAACCAGCUGAGCUCUGACGACGUGAACGUGCUGACCUGUGCCACCGGCACCCUCUCCAACCUGACCUGCAACAACAGCAAGAACAAGACCCUGGUGACACAGUCGAACGGGGUGGAGGCCCUGAUCCACACCAUCCUGCGGGCCGGCGACAAGGAGGACAUCACCGAGCCGGCCGUCUGCGCUCUCCGACACCUCACCAGCCGGCACCCCGAGGCCGAGAUGGCACAGAACUCGGUGCGGCUCAACUACGGCAUCCCCGCUAUCGUCAAGCUCCUCAACCAGCCCAACCAGUGGCCACUGGUCAAGGCUACCAUAGGCUUGAUCCGCAACCUGGCCCUGUGCCCGGCCAACCAUGCCCCGCUCCAGGAGGCCGCCGUCAUCCCCCGCCUGGUCCAGCUGCUGGUCAAGGCUCACCAGGACGCCCAGCGGCACGUAGCAGCCGGCACGCAGCAGCCCUACACGGACGGAGUGAAGAUGGAAGAGAUCGUGGAGGGGUGCACGGGGGCACUGCACAUCCUGGCCCGGGACCCCAUGAACCGCAUGGAGAUCUUCCGCCUCAACACCAUCCCUCUCUUCGUGCAGCUCCUCUACUCGCCGGUGGAGAACAUCCAGCGCGUCGCGGCUGGUGUGCUGUGUGAGCUGGCCCAGGACAAGGAGGCGGCGGAUGCCAUCGAUGCGGAGGGGGCCUCGGCUCCACUGAUGGAGCUGCUGCAUUCCAGGAACGAGGGGACGGCCACCUACGCGGCCGCCGUGCUCUUCCGAAUCUCAGAGGACAAGAACCCAGACUACAGGAAGCGUGUCUCCGUGGAGCUCACCAACUCCCUCUUCAAGCACGACCCGGCAGCCUGGGAGGCGGCUCAGAGCAUGAUCCCCAUCAACGAGCCCUACUCAGAUGAGCUGGACCCCGGCUACCGCCCCAUGUACUCGGGUGACAUCCCCCUGGACCCCAUCGACAUGCACAUGGACAUGGACGGGGACUACCCCAUGGACGCCUACAGCGAUGGCGUCCGAGCGCCCUUUCGCUGACCACAUGCUCGCCUAACCCGCCCCGC